AUGCCCGGAGGGAGCAAGUUCUUGGACCUCGCUCAGCGCGCCUUGCCCGGACGCGGCCAGCAGCAGCAGCAGCCGUCCUACCGCCAAGAGCGCGGCGACGACAACUCACACUACCACGAGGGAAACAGGUCUCCUUCACCCGCAUCCUCCAUCGACCACGCAUUCUCCACCUCCUUGCACGGCGCACCAAUGCAGGAGGUGCAGUACACAGACGACCUUCUCAUCCCGCCCAGCCUCCCCUUCUCAGAGGUCACGGGCGGCCAGUAUGACAACAACGGAUCCCGCCAGAGCUCAUACUCGGACCUCACAGAGCUCCGUGGUAACCGCAAGGAUGACAGGCCCCCAUCGCUGUCUGUAAACUAUGUCCCUACAAAGUUUACAAGGCUCCACGCUCAAGGUGAAUGGGCACACCGUCGCCCCAAGCAGGGAGGUGGCCGUGACGCGUUCGCCGCCAACGCGCACCGCAUGGGCCAAAUGGGCACCGUCGACGACGACGACGGACUCGUCUUCCAGCUUGGCAAGGGCGGCCUCAAGGCAAAGCACAAGCCCAAGCUUCGCUGGAACCGCUUCAAGUGGAUCCUCUUCAUCGCAAACUCGGUCCUCAUCUCUUACGCCAUGGCUGGCCUGGUUUCCGCCAUUCUUGUUUGGCUCAACGUCUUCUACCGCUCCGACGUUAUCCGCGUCGGUAACCGCGAGGAGCUGAUUCUUUCCACCAUUGGGGGUGCCAUCAUGGUGUUCACUUCGCUCCUUGGUUUCUCGGGCAUUCUGCUCAACUACCGCCCCUUCCUUGCGGUCUACACUGUUCUUCUCUGGGUCUGCCUCGCGUUCAUCGUGGCUCCCGGCUACAUUACCUACAAGCGCCGCACUUUCAACCUCGAGGGCAAGAUCAACCUGCAGUGGUCGCGUUCCCUUGGCACUGUCGGCCGUCUGCGUGUCCAGGACGCCCUCCGCUGCUGUGGUUACUUUAGCCCCUCCAUCGAGGCCACCGUCUCGCCCCUGUGCUACCCCCGCUCGGUUGAGGAGGGCUGCAAGAGCCCGUACCUCAAGCUCGAGCGUGUGGUCCUCAAGACUUGGUACAUCGUCGCCUUUUCCCUUGUCCCGCCCCACAUCCUCAUCAUCCUCGCUGGUCUGCUGUGCUCCAACCACGUCACGUACCGCUUCGGUAAGGGUCUCACCCCCAAGCGCUACCGCCUCGACAUGGACUCGAUGGCCGUCAUUAUGAACGACUAUGCCACCCAGAUCGCCUCGCAGUACGGCCCCGACGUCGCUGCCGAGGCCGUCUCGCGCUCGUCGCUCCACCUCGACUCGCGUCCCGGAUCGCGCGCCGGAUCCCGCCGCGGCUCCAUUGCCGGCGGCUCGUCGCAGGGCCACGGCCUCGCCGGCGGCUCGCGCCUGGCCCAGUCGACAUCGUACAACUCGCCAUUCGACGACGAGACCGACAACCAGCAGUACGAAAACGCCAGCCAGCAGUACCACGACGCCGCCGCCGGCGGUAACCGCUACGCCGACGCAGACCUGUACAGCGACGACCACCACGCUGCUGGCUCAUCCUCGCGGCACAACCAGGGCGGCUGGGCGCAGUAG